AUGGCGUCUUCGUUUGAAAAGGCAGAGAUGUACGAUAACGCCUUGUUGGGCAUACUGCAGCAUGUGGGGAACAUACAGGACUUUCUACAAGUCUACUUUGGCUUUUUGUAUCGUAAAACAGACUUUUAUCGCCUCAUGUCCAAUCCCACCGAUAAAAUGGGAUUUCCUCCUGGUGUUGCCGAGAAAAUGGUGCUGAAGACAUUCAAGUAUUUUGGGAAAAUGGCAGAAUGUGACCGAGAAAGGCAGCUGAAUGAGCUUCAGAGAAGAGAGGAGAGCAGGUCCGUUCCUCCUGCCGUUCAGGAACUGGAAGUCUCCUCAAAUUCACCUGCAGAAUUGUCACAUUCAAACACAGAUGAGGCUCAAAUAGACCCAACUUCAAAACCAGAGGAUUCUUCUUCUGCAGCAGCAGCUGCUCCAGUGCAGGAAACUCCGUCCUGUUCUAGUCCUACAGAGCAGUCAGCUGAAGCACAAGCUCCUGAUCCGUCGGACCCGACUAAGAAUUACCAGUCUGAUCCGGACAGUUAUAAUGGGGCAGUAAGAGAAAACUACAGCUGGUCUCAGGACGCUACUGAUGUGGAAGUGCGUGUGUUUGUGCCAAAAACAGUUGUGAAGGGUCGACAGGUGUCAGUAAACCUGCAGAGCGGCAGCGUCUGUGUGAGUGUCAAAGAUGGAGCUGAGCAGAAAACAUUGAUAGAAGGAGAAUUCACUCACAAAAUCAACACUGAAAACUCGCUGUGGAGCUUGGAGCCUGGAAAUUGUGUAGUUCUGUCACUUAAUAAAACGUCCGACAUUUGGUGGUGGAACGCUGUGCUGAAAGGAGAACAGGAAAUCGACAUCGACAAGAUUAACCGCGAGAGAUCGAUGGCAACGGUUGACGAGGAAGAGCACGCCGUUUUAGACAGACUCACGUUUGACUACCACCAGAAACUACAAGGGAAACCACAGAGUCACGAACUGAAAGUUCACGAGAUGUUAAAGAAAGGUUGGGAGGCUGACGGAUCGCCGUUCAGAGGCCAGCAGUUCGACCCCUCCAUGUUCGACAUCCCGUCCAGCGCAACUCUGUUAAACUUGUUUUGCAUCAGCAUCAUCAGCAUCAUCAGCAGCAGCAGUAGCAUCAGUAGCAUCAGCAGCAGCAGCAGCAUCAGCAGCACGUGCCGGGCUCAGAAGAGGCUGCUCAGGGCAUCGUGCAUUUUGGUCUCGGAAAGCUGCACUCUCCGGGCGAACAUCAUGGCCACGACUACCUGUACACGCUUCACGGAUGAGUUCCAGCUGUACGAGGAGCUGGGCAAGGGGGCCUUUUCAGUGGUGCGUCGCUGUGUAAAACUCUGCACAGGACAAGAGUAUGCUGCAAAAAUCAUCAACACCAAAAAGCUUUCCAACAGAGACCAUCAGAAACUGGAGAGAGAGGCGAGGAUCUGCAGAUUACUCAAGCAUUCAAAUAUUGUUCGCCUCCAUGACAGUAUCUCAGAAGAAGGUUUCCACUAUCUCCUCUUUGACCUGGUGACAGGAGGAGAGCUGUUUGAAGACAUUGUUGCCAGAGAGUACUACAGUGAAGCAGACGCCAGUCAUUGCAUCCAGCAGAUCCUGGAGGCUGUUCUCCACUGCCAUCAGAUGGGGGUAGUACACAGAGACCUGAAGCCUGAGAACCUUCUGCUGGCCAGCAAGUGUAAGAAUGCAGCUGUGAAACUUGCAGACUUUGGGCUUGCAAUUGAAGUCCAAGGAGAGCAGCAGGCCUGGUUUGGUUUUGCCGGGACUCCUGGAUACUUGUCUCCGGAGGUGCUGAGGAAAGAGGCCUAUGGAAAACCUGUAGACAUCUGGGCUUGUGGUGUGAUUCUCUAUAUUCUUUUGGUUGGAUACCCUCCAUUUUGGGAUGAAGACCAACACAAACUCUACCAACAAAUCAAAGCCGGGGCCUACGAUUUUCCUUCUCCAGAAUGGGACACAGUGACACCUGAGGCUAAAAAUCUGAUCAACCAGAUGCUGACUAUCAACCCAACCAAGAGAAUCACUGCCCAGGAGGCUCUGAAGCACCCAUGGGUCUGUCAACGCUCGACCGUGGCCUCGAUGAUGCACAGACAGGAAACUGUUGAGUGUCUCAAGAAGUUUAACGCCAGAAGGAAACUCAAGGGGGCAAUUUUGACCACUAUGCUCGUCUCCAGAAACUUCUCUGUGGGACGUCAGACUACAGCCCCUGCUGCUGUCAGUGCUGUUGCUGGGACCACUGCUGGGAUAGUGGAACAAGCAGCCAAGAGUCUCCUCAAUAAAAAGACUGAUGUCAAGCCGCAGACCAACAGCAGCAGAAACAGCAUCGUCACCAAAGGCAACGUCGCGUCAGCGGCUCUGGAGCCUCAAACUACUGUUAUUCAUAAUCCAAUAGAUGGGGGGAUCAAGGGGUCAUCGGACAGCAGUAACGCCACUAUCGACGAUGAAGACGUGAAAGCUCGCAAACAGGAGAUCAUAAAGAUCACCGAGCAGCUUAUUGAAGCUGUCAACAACGGAGACUUUGAGGCCUAUGCAAAGAUUUGUGACCCUGGUCUCACUUCGUUUGAGCCAGAGGGUUUGGGAAAUCUUGUGGAAGGAAUGGACUUUCAUAGAUUUUAUUUUGACAAUCUCCUCUCGAAGAACAACAAGCCCAUUCACACCACCAUCCUCAACCCUCACGUCCACAUCAUUGGAGAUGAAGCUGCCUGCAUCGCUUACAUCCGCCUGACACAGUUUGUGGAUGGACAGGGGACAGCCGCUGGCAAAAUGUCCACUUCCACUGCUCUGGGGCUCCGUCUGCCCCGACGCAGGGAUGAGCUUCUCCUGUGGAUAACGUCACUGGACUCAACACUCAUCAUCACAGCUUCUGCAGAUGGACAAGAAACGUAUUAUGAGUACAACAUGUUCAAAAGGGGUUUUAGUUUCUGUCUCCUGUCUGACGUCACGGUGACGCUGCGGUGCGCACCUCUGUUCCCCUCCCGUCCCAUUCAGGUCCAUCUGGCGCUCGGACCCGCAACAACAAACACGUGA